AUGGAGAAGCUAAAGCCAAGCGUCUCUAAGAAGCCCCCCUCGCGUAAAACCCCGUUCCAUGACGCUCACAAGCUGCAGUACGGACUCGAGGUCGUAGCGUGUGAUGCUGGGGGAGCGGCUUGCUCGGUCCGCUGCCUGUUUUGCCGAUAUUUUGGUAGAGAGGAAGCACCCAAGGGCAAACGAAAGCGUACUCAAAAUAUGAAGUACUACAAUGCUCCUUUCCGACCCCAGAACUACAUCGAGCACAAUACAUCCGCGCACUCAGCUAAGUGGGGAGAAUACACAGGUCUCAGGGACGCAGAGAAGGCUGUAUUUUUUGCUGAUCUCACUUCUCGAAGCAACCAAUUGGUAGCUCAUUUUGACACAGAAAGUGCUGUGUUGCGGUUUUCUUUUCCAGAGUUGAUUGUGACUGAGCUGAUUGGAAAGGUAUUUUUCAAUGCUGAAGAUGAAGAUGAUGAUAUGACUGUUGCGAGGGCUCUUCGUGCUUUCGGCUCGGUAGUGGAUGGGGUCUACACAAUGGAAAUUAAGACGCCUCUGCGGUUUACUCUUUCGGUCAAACAUCUCUCGGUUGGAUAG